GUUGUCGGCUCUUUUCCGUAACUGAGGAAGCCAUAAGUUUUCCGCCACGUGUCAACCCACUCCAAAACCAGAAAAACCACUAGCUGUUUUUGCAGAAGCGGUUUUGCAGUUCUACCUCCCACUUGUAGUCAUACUUUCCUUAUAUAGCAGUAUUCCGAAACUUCGGUAGCAACGACAGCUUUUGUACUACAUGUACACCUUCCAACGAGAGAGAGAGAGAGCGAGAAAAGUUAGUUGUUCGAGGGAAUAAUAAUGGGGAGAGGGAAGAUAGUGAUAAGGAGGAUCGAUAAUUCGACGAGUCGGCAAGUGACAUUUUCGAAGAGGAGAAAUGGGCUGUUGAAGAAGGCUAAGGAGCUUGCGAUCUUGUGCGAUGCCGAGGUCGGGGUCAUCAUCUUCUCCAGUACUGCCAAACUCUAUGAUUUUUCCAGCACCAGCAUGAAGUCAGUCAUUGAACGAUACAAGAAAGCCACCGAGGAGCAGCAACAAUUGAGCAGUUCAACUUCGGAAGUCAAGUUUUGGCAAAGGGAAGCUGCUGUGUUGAGCCAACAGCUGCAAAACUUGCAAGAGAAUCAACGUCAAUUGAUGGGACAAGAUCUUUCUAAGUUAAGUAUCAAAGAUCUACAGAACCUUGAGAACCAGCUGGAGACGAGUCUCCGAGGUGUCCGUAUGAGAAAGGACCAAGUUUUAAUUUCGGAGAUAGAAGAACUGAGUCAAAAGAGAAACCUCAUCCACCAAGAAAAUGUGGAACUGUGCAAGAAGUUAAACCUCAUUCAACAAGAAAACAUGGCAUUGUAUAAUAAGGUUUAUGGAACUAAGGAUGUGACUGGAACAAACAGUAAUGCACUUCGUACUAAUAGUUUAAGCAUCAGAGACGACCCACACGAACCUGUUUGUCUCCAGCUUUGCCAGCCACAACAGCAGAACCUGGAGACACCAAUUACAUCAUUGGGCAGGCUAGAAAUGCAAUAACAAAGAGAGGCAGACUAUUCAAAGGUGUGAAGUAAUCUGUUAAUGGUGAAAGGCACCAUUGUUACAGCUUUUCGUUAAAUGCUAAAAGUGGUAUAAGAACCACAGCUAUUCAGGAAAAAAUGCUUAAUAUUUGGCAUUGCCCAGUUGCCGAAUUCAUUAUAUGAGGUAAAUCUAACUAGAUACAGCUUUCUAGGUCAUUGUGAUAAUAAAUAAAAGAAUAUGUUUGGCACUGCAUGUCUCAUAUCUUACUGGAUGUUCCAAUACUUAUUUAUCUAUUUAAACUCCGGGUUUGAUUUGAUGAGUUUGCUUGGAAGAACUACGUACACAGAAAUAUACUACUACCAGAUACUAGAUAAAAAUAAAUGCCAGUCAAGAGCAAUGUCAUAACAGAAAAUAUGAUUCAAAAGUGAAGCAAUUCAUAUAGUUUCUAAAGA